GGAUCUCAAUGAAUUCCGAAAUCAAGGAAGAUUUCUUGGAUUGUAUAUUGCGCCUAGAGGAAACACACAUUCAACAAGGCUUCGAAGAGGGUUACGAAGCGGGUCUCGUGUCGGGUCGGGAAGACGCUCGUCAUCUGGGUUUGAAACUUGGGUUCGAGACAGGCGAGCUGCUCGGUUUCUACAAGGGCUGCUCUUGUCUCUGGAACUCUUGUGCUGACUUUUCCCGCUCUUGGAUCCCGAGGACGAGAGCAAAGACGAGAUCAAGGAUGCUCUCCGACUCAAAUUCAACAUCAUUUGCGCCUCCCUCGGCAUUUCCAAGAAACAAUUGGUCUACAAGGGAUACCCCAACCCCUCCAACAAUCUCGACUUCUAAUAACACUCUCCUCUUGUCGGAGGAGAUGUUGAGGAGAGAAAUGCUUGGUUGUUGCAAGGUUUACAUAUCUGAAGCGCGGAAUAAGACAGCCCUUGAAGCCAUUGAGAGAGCUGCGAAGCCUUUCCCACCUGCUGCAAUCGUCAACAAGUUUGAAGACGCUGCUUAUGGCAGGGUUGGCUACACUGUUGUAUCCACGCUUGCUCACAGCGGUUCAUCUUCUCCCCUCAAGAAUGCGGUCUUUGCAAUGGUCAAGACUGCUCUCGACACAAUCAACCUCGAGUUGCACUGUGGAUCCCAUCCCCGGCUUGGAGUGGUCGACCACAUAUGCUUUCACCCCUUAUCUCAAACCUCUAUCGAGCAAGUUUCUGCCGUUGCCAAAUCCCUAGCUAUGGACAUCGGCUCCAUUCUCCGAGUUCCUACAUAUCUAUAUGGAGCAGCACAAGAGGAGCAGUGCACGCUGGAUUCGAUAAGAAGGAAGCUGGGAUACUUCAAGGCGAACAGGGAGGGGCGCGAGUGGGCAGGUGGGUUGGAGCUGGAGGUGGCCCCGGUGAAGCCAGACGCAGGGCCACAAGAGGUGAGCAAAGCCAAAGGGGUUGUAGCAGUUGGGGCGUGCGGGUGGGUCAGUAACUACAACGUGCCAGUCAUGUCAACGGAUCUCAAGGCAGUGAAGAGAGUGGCGAGGAAGGCGAGCGAGAGGGGAGGGGGCUUGACUUCGGUGCAAACAAUGGCGCUGGUGCACGGGGAAGGAGUCAUAGAGGUCGCCUGUAACUUGUUGAAUCCAAGCGAGGUAGGAGGAGAUGAAGUUCAGGGACUGAUCGAGAGGCUUGGCAGAGAGGAAGGUCUGCCCGUGGGAAAAGGGUAUUAUACGGACUACACAGCCGACCAGAUCGCUCAAAGAUACAAGGACUUGCUCAUCAAUUCAUGAUACUGUCUGUAACAUCUCUAAUUAUCACUUUUCAAAACAACAAACUUUGAAGUCAAAAACAAUAUGAUGUUUGUCAUUCUCCGAGCGUAUCAUUACCGACAUCCAUCAUUUUAUUGUGCGAGAGAUGGCUUUGCCUUUGCGGCUUUGCCUUUAUUUCCUAAAGCUGGAUCUCUUGCAUUUCUACUUUUAUGUGGUUCCACUUGCAUAUGGGUAUGGCAAAUUGGUCAUAAACUCAUCAUAGAUUACGAAUAUUUAGACUUGACCAUGUAGCAGUUAACGACAUCUACGUCCUUCAAAGAAAACGUGGAUGAGGUGGAGUUUGGUGCGGCUCAUUAUUGACUAGAGUACUUAUA